AUGUCUUCUCAACCAACUACCCCUCAACCCACUUCUGAUUCUCCUCGCUUUGACAAUGCUACAACCAUACCAUCAUUACGCACCGAUACACCUGCUAGCUACCCAUCUUCUCCAUCUGUGCCUUUAGAACAGAAAUAUGCCAACAUAAGACCUAACACACCCACAGCUAACCCUUCAUCGGAUCGCAAAGUAACAUUUGUUGUUGAUAAUUCUGAUCGCAAAACAACAUUCAUUCAUGAUACUUGCCCUUCAUUCGGCCCUACAGAAUAUGCUCGUAACAUUAUUGCUUUAGAUAGACAGACAAUUAUCGAAGCACAACUUCAUGUUAAGGUCGAUCGUGGUUUCUUUUUGGCAGAUAACGACUGGACUUGUUAUCGCAGAAACUAUUUCCAAGUAAGUGGUUCAUUCUCUCUUGAAGGGGUUGGUAUUCUGUAUGAAGGACAAGAACUUCCUUGUUUCGGCAAAGAUCCUCAAACGGGUCAACUUGAAGAAAUCGAUUGCUUUAUGUUGGGCGUCUGUGCUCGUUUAUCUGAUUGUGAAAAGCCCAUUCAAUUGGUCCAGCAUACACCCAAGCGUGACAAAGGACCUCAAACAACACCUAUUCCUAAAAUGAUUCGCCCUGGUGGCAAUGUUGGAUUUAGUGCUGUUGGUUCUAGUCAAUCUGUAGUUACUUUUGAACGUCUUCAAUUCAAGACAGCUACAGCCAACAAUGGUAAACGUAGAGCCGCCCAACAAUACUAUGUUAUUAUUGUUGAAUUGUUAGCCAAGCUUCGUAACGGUAACACGAUUGCCGUAGCUACUUCUAAAUCUUCUCCUUUGGUUGUUCGUGGUAGAAGUCCAGGUCAUUAUGCUGAAACCGAUUCUGGUAGCAUGAGUCAUUCUGGUCGUCAUGGUCGUUCGAAUGCAGCUGGUGGACCUAUUUCAAGUGCUAUCUCACAUGCCUCUCCUGUUGUUCAUCAUCCUUAUGGACGUCCACCUAGCGCUGCUGCUUCUAAUCCCACCGCUGCCGGUUAUCCUGGCGGUGCAGGCAGUAGCAUGUUCCAACCUACUGCUGCUACUGCUGCUGCUGCUGCUGCUACUGAAUACAUGCCUUAUGAUUAUCAUGGUGUUGCUUAUACCAAUUACCAUAUGCCACCUCCACCUCCACCUCCUAUGGCGCAUUCUCACUCAUAUCCUGGUACUCCUACUGCUGUGCCCAUGAUGCAACCACCUCAACAUCCAUCUCAGCCUCAACAGUCUCAACAGCAUUAUUUACCACCUAAUGUUCAUGAUCGUGCUACUCACUCUAGUGCUUCUUCUGAAGCAGCAUACCCUAGCCAUGCUGAGCACAUCAAUCAAAACACCCAUUCAAAUGAGUACGAGUAUGACGAUCAACAACAAAGACAGGCACACAAUAACUCACCUUAUUAUUGGCAGAGACAAGGCAAUGAUGAAGCCCACCAUGAUCAUUGGAACAGAAUCAGAAUGGCCUCAAAUAACAGUGGGCAUUCUAGCGUGGAUAAUUCUCAGCAUAAUUCGCCUUACAUGAGUCAUCCUCAACCUCCUCAACAGCCAGCAGAACAUUCUUAUUAUUCUCAUCAGCCUCCUCCUCCUCCUCCUCCUCCUCAAUCACAUUAUGCUCAUCAUCCUGGCUAUAACCACCAUCACCAUCCAAUCGCUCAAAGGUAA